AUGUACGCCCCACAGCCCGGGGGCAAGCCUGUCCAGGCACUGUACUUUGCUGACGGCUCGGGCUAUGCUCCUGCUUCAGGCUCGGUCCCGCGCCAUCUCAUGCCCGACUACACCCGCUACCAGGAGAACGAGAUUGCCGCCCUCAAGGCCAAGGUCGCCUCGUCCAUUCACUCGCAGCACUCGGAGAUCCACGCCCUCCGCCAGUCCAUGGCCCAGGCCGAUGCGCAUCUGCUGUAUCUGCGGAACCAGGUCGAGGAGACUGCUGCCGAGCGGGACAACCUCCGCGCCAUGUUCAACGCCGAGGCCGCCGCUCGCGCAGAGCUCGCUUCGCAGUCAGACGCCAUGGCCAAGUCGCUCGAGCGGGAGGCCGAUCGCUCACGUGCUUCGCGCGCCGCCCUCAUUGACGAGCUUGAAGCCGCCAUGGCCGAGCUCGCUGCCCUCCGCGCCGAGAAGGAGAAGCUGUCUAUGGCCAACGCCACCCUCACCGCCCAGCUCGAGGUCCAGUCGGCAAGCGCAUCGUCAGCUUCGGGCCGCGCCUCGGCUGCCGAGGCCGAGCUCGAUAGCCUCAAAGCGUCGUCGACUGCCACGGCUGCCCGCGAGGCGGCGGCCUCGGCCCGGGUCUCGGACCUUUCUGCUGCCCUCGACUCGGCCCACACGACCAUCUCCCGCCUCGAGACCGAGCUCACUGCUGCCCGCAACGCCGCUGCCGCCGCAGACGCCAAGGCACAGGCCUCUGCUCUUCGCACCGCUGAGGACGCGGCAUCGCUCCGCGCCCUCCAGUCGCAGCUCGACCAGAUGACCAAGGCUGCCGAUGACAACCGCCGCGAUGCCUCCACCGCCUCGUCCACUGUCCACUCGCACGCACAGACCAUUGCUGCUCUCAAGGACGAGCUCGCCACCACAGCUCGCGCUCGCGAGGACGCGCUGCUCCAGCUCCAGCUUGCCUCCAAAGAAGUCGCCAUGCUCAAAUCGCAGCACGCCGAGGCCGAGGCUCGCUUCUCGGAGUUUAUGACCACCUCGUCGCAGCUCGCCUCAACCCAGCGCGAGCUCGACUCGGCGCAUCGCGAGCUCGAGUCCACCAAGGCGGCGCUGACCAACGCCCGUGCCGCCGCCUCCAACGCCGACGCUACCGUCUCGCGCCUCCGCGGCGACCUCGACCACGCCAACGCCACCGUCGCCCGGCUCGAGAGCCAUCUCGACGACGAGCGCGCCGCCGUCGCUGCCGCCAAGGCUCUCUUCGCCACCGCCGAGAACAACCUCAAGGACGCCGAGGCCAAGCUCCGCGCCGCAGACUCAGACCGCCAGCUCUGGGCUGCUGAAAAGUCUCAUCUCGAGUCGCUGCUCAAGGACGCCAACGCCUCGCUUACCCGCGCCGCCGAACGCGCUGCCUCGGAUGCUGCCACUGCAGCCGCAGCCUUUGCUGCCGAGCGCACCGAGCUCCACGCCGAGCGCUCGCGUCUCGAGGACGAGCUUCGCACUGCGCGCAACCAGCUCGACUCGGCCCAACAUGCACUCGAGCGAGCUCGUAUCGAUGCCUCCGACGCCGCCUCCAACGCCUCGGCCUCGAUUGCCGCCAAGACUGCCGAGUGCGAGGCCCGCGUCGCCGCUCACGAUCGUGACCACCGCGACCUUGUCGCCGAUCUCCGCGCCCGCAUCGCUACGCUGGAGACCACUGUCGAGCGGCUCUCUCCGUUUGAGCCCCGCGCUGCAGAACUGACUGACAAGGUCGCAGUUCUCGCCCGCGAGGUCGAAGCCUCAAACUCGGAGGCUCGCGCGGCAGCGGCAGAGCAUCGCGAGCUCGAGCGCAAGUACGACGCGCUCGUCGCCGAGAAGGACGCGCUCCUCGCGAAGCGCCAGGACGACUACCAGCAGCUCGCCAAGCUCUCGCAGUACGAGAGCGCGCUCGCCGACCGCAACCGCGUCGUCGCCGAGCAGCAGGGCCUUAUCGAGGACCUCCAUUCGCGGCUCAACAUCGAGUCGGACGCCCGUUCGCGCGCAGAGUCGGAGGCCGCCAAUCUUACCGCCCACAUCAACCAGCUCAAGUCACGCAACGACCGCCUCACCUAUGAUGCAGAGGUCCAGGACUCGGUCCUUAAGGCCCUCGCUGCUGCCGAGCCCGACCCGCUCCGCGCCCCGCCACGGCCGUCCUCCGCCUUUGCACCGGUCUUUGCCCACUACAACCCGCGCCAGCCGUACGCUGCAGCCUACGCCUACGAGCCGCCGCACCCGCAGCAUACCGCCCAUCAGGCCCGCCCGGCCUCGCGCCCCUCGUCUGCCGACCUCCCCUCGCAUCCGCUCCCGCCACCGUCAUCCGCUCAGCCCGGCGCCCGCCACUCGCCGCAGGCCGAGCUGCAGUCGUAUUUGGCCUCGCUAGACUCGUCGAUCCGGUCGACGCUCGGCCAGUGA